AUGGAUGGGGUCUCGGUCGGCGUGCGACGCUCGGCUUUCGAGAAGCUCGCGGCUUUGGCCGUUAAGGCGCCUGCCCAAGAUGGGACCAAUCUUGAUCGCCUUGCUCAGCAGUCUCGACCAGCUCUUCCAACAGAUGGAGCACUCAAUGGAAUACUUAGGAAUCAAGCCCCAACCUCGCGGGUCCCAAUGGGUAUCCGUGAACUCGAUGUCUUACUCGCUCUGUGCAAAGCCGCCCUGUCGGUUAAUGAGCUUGAUCACGCAAAAAGACUUGUCUCUCAAUUAUCCCAGUACCUGCCCGAGUCGCCCAGCCAGCUAUUUCGGCCGUCGCCCUUCCUCCAGAGCAUUAAGCCUUCACCAUGGGAAACUCUCUCCCACAGCCUGACAUUGGCUUUAUUGUCUCUGGGCAUGAAGUACCAGACCCUCCGGAAAGAAGCUGUGAAUGGAAUCACGGGCUACUUGAAUAAUUGUGCCGAGGCCAUCAGCUCUGUAACGCCAUUUCAUUACUCUACAGCUGAAGCAGGCGGGCGGGGUGUAGUCCAUGAGUCUAUUGCAAUUUUGUCCAUUGCAGUAUCACUUGUGGGUUUCCUCGAAGCCUCUGCUAAGAACCCUGUUUUUUGGACAGCCCGAGAGAAGCUCCAAAUCAUUGAACAUUUGCGAGCCAUGCUCUCAGAGUCCUUUUUGAUUGCAGUGGAGACAGCUUCUUCCACAAUUCGCAAUACUACUGGUACAGAGAACACCGUGAAGGACUGGAGAAAGUAUACCAGAAGAUACGCAGCUCAUGGACGACCCAUGGGUGCCAUGCUGCUGCAGGAGGGCUUCAUGCGCUUUGUGAAAUCCUGUGCAGCAUCCUUGAUCGGAUCGCAAAACCUGUCUGAUGAUCAACUUUUGGACGAUUACAUGGCAGGUGUUGGGAUUGCCAAGAGCUAUGAUGAGUCUGAGAUUACCUUGAUCGAACGUAUCACGGAUCUCAUCAGCGAGGAAAUCCAUCUGCUCGAGGAUGGUUCGGAUUACCUUCAAGUUGGAUCUCCAUCUCAGCAGAAGCUAACCUUCUCUGUAAAAGGAGAUGCUCUCAUUGGAUUUCUGAACUGUGUCGUGCUGGGUGAGGAUGCCGCUAAUAAUGAUGUGCUCCUAUCUUGGCUAGAGGACACUCUGGUCGAUGUCCAGCAAAUGGCAUAUCCUCAGCUGGCGAUGACCGCCUUGAAAUGCAUGGCCAUCCUAGCAAGAAUGUCCCCGAAUGGUGCCUCGAUCGCAAAAAGGUGUCUGCUGAGGUUCUUGACCCAAGGCGGGUCAUCCUUGGGCUCUGUGGUUGCUGUAGCUUCCCGAUGCCUCGCUCAGGUUCUCAGCAUUCUGUCUGAAGAUGCUGUGAUCACUACCCUGUACACUCUUGGAAAUGCGCUCAGCCCGAGCUCUGCUCUUGAUCAGUCGUCCUCGGGGCAAGAUCAAUUUCCUGUGGAUGGUGGAGUCGGUAUUACCACAUUUGCGCAGCCCGAUACUGCUAGCCAGGCGUCUGUGCCUACCGUUGGGGAGGAGGAGACUUUGGUCUACCGGAAUGUUGUCCAUGCUAUUGUCAUCAUCGCAACUAGCUGCAACGAUGACAAAAUCAGUGCUCUUGCACAGUCCAUGCUGUUGCAAAAGGUUCGCAAGAUCAAUGUUGUAGUGGAUGCCUAUAUCAUCCAGGAGACUGCUGUCCUCGCUCUGAGCAGUGGCAAGGCAGAGUUCCAGCUUCUGCUGAAAUUCUAUACUCGUAUCUCCUGGGAUGGGGCUUACAGAGGAGUGGCAAUGAUCUCUGACGCUGUCCAGUGUGCUAUGGCAUAUCUCUCUGUGACCCUAGAGCAGAAUUCUCCACUCCACUCAAUCUAUCUGACUCAUUUGUUAGAAAGUAUUGUCAACAAGGGUGAUGUUCCAGACCUUGAGAGUGAGCGCCAUAACGAGGUCGUUUUUGCUCCUAGCGACAUCACCCCUUUGUUGAAGCCUCUGGCUCUUCUGGUGUCUUCAGUGAAAUGCUCACCAGAAACUCCGGACCCAAUUCUUGACUAUGACGAUGCUACUCUGUCACUUUUCCGCGACACUUGGUUUAACAUCGCUAUCCAUGGCAUCACAUUCAACUCCAGUACUUUCCAGCAAUACUUCAAGGAGCUUCGCUUGCUUGCGAGCCAUUCUCCGCCCCUCGUAGCUGAGGAUCGUAUGGAGUCACUUGAGAGCGAUGUCGAACUCAAUACAGUGCUCCGAAGAGGCUCCGGCCCCCAGCGAGUUUUAGAGCAAAAGCGAACUUUGAUUGCGGAGCUGGCUGGCCGUGAGGUUGACGUCAAGCGAUUGGACUACCCACGAGCAGUUUUCCUCAAUGCCGUGCUGUUAGUCGAAAAUCUCCGUGCAUCAUCUGGGGAUUGCACGAAGGUUCUUAGAUACUUCCGUGAUCCUUCUCUGUCCACACCCGAAAUGGUUGUCUGCAUGAAUUCCGUCGCUGAGAAGACCGUGACCACCUAUCUUUCACGCACUUUGUCUGAGGAAUAUGAUGAUUUCUCGGCGCCUUACCUGUCAAAACAACUGGCUGCCUACCUCGUGGCAUGUUGCCAUCGUAUUGAACGCGUGCAAAACAUUGCCACGCUGUGCACAGACAUGAUCAUCCGACAAUGUCCUUCCGCCCUGUGCGAGAAGCAUUCUCUUUUCGCUUUGCUCGAAAUUCUGUCGGUCAUGUGGUAUUCAUGCCUCCAAGGUGAACUGGAUGAAUUUGACUGGAAGCCCACACUUGUCUCGCCCAUGGGUAUUGUAAGGGUGGAUUUACCGGAUAACUAUGCCCUGAGAAAGGUGACACUAGACCGGUUCCUCGUGAAAGCACGGAGCUGGGUGACUGCGGUCCUGAAUAUUGCACCACUAGAUAUCAAGGGUCUGCUACAGACAUACUUGUCUGAGUAUGAUGACGACGGUGGCUAUGGGCAUAUUGCGCUAGGUCGUUCAUUCGCUAUCGAGAUGGGUUCUCUGAUCCCACAGAGCGACCCGCGUCUAGGAUCCAUCGAGGGAUGCAACGCGAGCGAUGUCAAUAUCGCAUCCGACUUCAUGGCUCUCUAUACGACCCGCCAGAAGUACCGUCGACCUGAAGUACCUUCGUCCCCUGUUCUUAAGAACGAGUUUCAACUUACCGAGACACCAAAUACCGAAGCCUCGUCAGAACACGAGUCAGCUGAUGAGAUUGAUCAAGCUCUGUCUGCCCUUUAUGGCCGUAGUAUGGAUGGAGAAGAUAUCCCCCUUCUUGAAGUCAGAGAUGUCCUUCGACAAGCAGCGGCUCUGAUUUGCAGCAGCAGCAAGCCUCGCUUGUCUGUGGUUCAUCACCUGGUAGCCCUGCCGUUCCAGAUCUUUAACAAGGAUAUUAUCAAGCUAGGAGUCUCCUUAUGGCUGGGGGUCAUUCAUGAAAACCCCAAUAUCGAGCCUCGCAUCCUCGCAGAGGUGGUUGAGGCCUGGGAAAGAAGUGUCCAGAGACGCAAGGGUCUAUUUGAUACAUCUUUUGACUACACUGACCCAUUGCACACUCAGAUCGAGCUGCUGCCAACAGACAAGGCAUCGAUGCUCCGAAAGCAAGAGAACUCACAGAACACUCUCUCACCCCAUUUGCGCGUGCUCCAAUUUUUCGAGAGUCAUUUCAAUGCUAUCCGCCUGGGUAACUUGCAAGACCAGCAAUUGUUCUGCCGCUUAAUUAGCAGCACGGUGGUGGGACUUGCAAAGACCCAAGGCCACCCUCUGGCUCGAGAAAUCCACUUCCGCAUAGUUCUCUUUGGCCUGAAUGUCUUGAAGCAUUUUAGCCCACGCAACAAGGCUGCAUCGUGGAAGCUGAAGGAUCAGAUCUUGUCGGCUGCGCUGGGCUGGUUCAAGCACCCUCCCAGAUGGUCAUAUGGCGGAAAUCGACUGCAGAUCAAGGCCGAAGACAAGAUCCUUGAUGAUGUCCUUUCUACCCUGCGCAGUGUUGCCGACAUUGCUUCUCAGCCUUUUGGGGCAUACAAGUCUCUUCAACCCAAGCAAGAACUGACCCAACUUCUCAUCGAUAAUGAAAGGUCUCGUCUUCGGGUUUGGCUGUUCCCUCUGGACCCCGAGCGAAAGCACCAUAUGCCAUCGCUUGGAGGCAAGCAUACCACGGAUGGAAUUGCUUCGUUCCUUCGACUUGCUUGGGCUGAAAGCCCCGGUCUAGCCAUUCAGCUUGCUACUCGCUUCCCAUCAGCGAAGAUGCAGAGCGAUGUUCGAUGGUUGAUUCUCAACUUCCCCGAGAAGGCUAUCCCAGAGGCAAGUGCUUUAGAGGUCAUGUUUGACUCAUCUCUGCCUUCUGAUGUCAACUUCCAACUGAAAUACCUGUUAUACUGGGCACCAGUCAACCCCACAGAGGCAUUAACGUACUUUUUGCCUGCUUAUGGCAACCACCCCUUCAUCUUGCAAUAUGCCAUGCGGGCUUUGGAGAGUCAUUCUAUUGAUGUCCGCUUUUACUUCGUUCCUCAGCUGGUGCAGGCUCUGCGAUAUGAUGCUCUGGGCUAUGUUGAACGCUACAUUCUGGAGACCGCGAAGUUAUCCCAACUGUUUGCCCACCAGGUUAUUUGGAACAUGAAGGCCAACUCCUACAAGGAUGAAGAUUCCCAAAUUCCGGAUGGCCUGAAGCCAACGCUUGACCGAUUCAUCGAGUCUUUGAUUUCGAGCUUUUCGGAAGAAGAGCGGAACUUCUACGAGCGCGAAUUCUCCUUCUUCGGUGAAAUCACAGACAUAUCUGGCAAGCUUCGACCUUAUAUCAAGAAGAGCAAACCUGAGAAAAAGGAGAAGAUUGAGGAAGAGCUGCGCAAAAUCAAGGUCGAGGUUGGAGUGUACCUGCCCAGUAACCCAGAUGGUGUUGUUGUGGGCAUCGAUCGAAAGUCUGGUAAGCCCCUGCAGAGUCAUGCAAAGGCGCCUUACAUGGCCACCUUCCGAAUCCAGAAGACUCGGCCACGACAGGAUGGCAAAGCGGCUCGUGCUCAUGGUACUGAGUCCCGCCAAGUCGCCAAGCGGGUCUCAUACGCCGAGCAAGAAACCUAUGAGGUUUGGCAAUCAGCUAUCUUCAAGGUCGGUGACGAUUGUCGUCAGGACAUGCUCGCUCUGCAGAUGAUUGCGGCCUUCCGAAGCAUCUUCUCCAGUGUUGGACUUGAUGUCUGGGUCUUCCCAUACCGAGUUACUUCCACAGCACCCGGUUGCGGUGUCAUUGAUGUGCUCCCCAAUUCAAUUUCUCGUGAUAUGCUAGGACGUGAGGCUGUCAAUGGAUUGUACGACUACUUUGUCUCCAAGUAUGGAGGCGAAGACUCCAUCCGGUUCCAGGAGGCUCGCACCAACUUCGUCAAGAGUAUGGCUGCAUACUCUGUCAUUUCAUACCUGCUGCAGUUCAAAGAUCGACACAACGGUAACAUCAUGAUUGAUGAUGCUGGUCAUAUCAUCCAUAUCGACUUUGGUUUCUGCUUCGACAUUGCCCCUGGUGGUGUCCGUUUCGAGCGAGCACCAUUCAAGUUGACCUCUGAAAUGGUCGCCGUGAUCAGCGGUACCCAUGAUCCUGCUCAUCAUCCCAGCGCUAACCCGGGUAUCAGUCUGCCAGGGACUCAUUCAUUCAACCCCACUGCUACUCAGCCAUACCGCUGGUUUGAGUCACUGGUUGUCAAGGCUUUCCUGGCUUCGCGCCCGUACUGCAACAAGCUGUCGCACAUUGUAUCCCUGAUGUUGGACAGUGGAUUGCCAUGCUUCAAACCGGAGACUCUUAAGAACUUCCGUGACCGCUUUGUGUUGGAGAAGAGCGAACGGGAUGCGGCUGAGUACAUGCGUGACUUGACACGCAAGUCAUACAUGAGUCGAUCUACUAAGGGAUACGAUCAGUUCCAGCUGAUGACCAACGGAAUUCCCUACUAA